UGCCUUACACCCGUAGAGCGCGUUUCCAAAAAAUGCCUGAGACUGCUAACACGCAAUCCAUCGUCGUAGUCGUCUUGGCGCCUUCCAUCUAGGUUGGUCGUGUGUUGUGCGGCCUCGCCACUGCUUACGAAGUCUCAAAUAACUUCAACCGGCCCUUGUCGUGUUGUAACAACUCAACACCAAGCAUUGUAUCUCAACGUGAUGGAAUCGAAAAGACCCUGGCACGCUGUGAAUGCACUUUCUGAGAGUCACUGAUCCUGCUACAGGUGCACGUUCACAGCAGCAAUCAGCUUCUUGCACCACCGCUUCUCACCACUGACUCCUUCUGCGCCGCGAAGAGACACUGACACUUUUCAAAGCCACAAUGUUUCCUGGUGGUAACAACAUCAGGAUUGGUGGUCCUUCGAACCACCAAAAAUCAUAUCCGUCGUCUUUUCAAGAACAUGAUUCGCUUUUUGGCUCCUACGAACAUCUUAUGGACUGUCCCCAGCCCGAGGAAGCACUUCUCCGCCUGCGAAAGAUAGCAUCUCUCGUCAAGCCUCUCAUGAGGAAGCGCUCUUGGAAGGUCAAGGUCCUGACUGAGUUCCUCCCUGAUGAUCAGCGCUUACUGGGCCUGAAUAUCAACAAGACCUUCAAGAUCUGUGUACGCCUUCGCUAUACACAUAACCCGGGAACCUUCCUACCAAUUGAAGAAUGCGUCGACACGCUUCUACACGAGCUGUCUCAUAUCAUCUUCGGCGACCAUGACUCCAAUUUCCACGCUCUCUGGGACGAGCUCAGAGACGACCACGAAACCCUUGUCCUCAGAGGCUACACUGGUGAAGGUUUCUUGACUGGCGGUAAGAAGCUCGGUGGUGGCCCCGUGCCUCCACAGCAUGAAAUGAGGCGUUUGGCACGCGCCAAUGCGGAGAAGCGCCGAGUACUCCAAAAGGGAUCUGGCAGGACUGUUGGUGGAAAGAGAGUACCUCAAGGAGCAGAUCUUCGCAAGAUUCUGGCGGAUGCAGCAGAUCGAAGGGCUACUGUUGAUCGCGGUUGCGCAUCCGGUACCGCUCAGGCCAACAACCUGGCAGAACAAGCCGGCAGACACACAUUCAAGACCAAGGCAGAAGAAGACGAUGCUAACAAUCGCGCUAUUGCCGAGGCAUUGAUGGAUCUGAUGGAGGAAGAAGAAGCACAGAAAAUGAAGGGCACUUUCAGCACACCUUCACCAACCGGUGGUUUGACCUGGUCUAAAGAGCAUGGUCUUGCCACGACAGGACCAGAUUUGACUGGUGGUGAUGCACCUCGGAACGAGGAAGAACAACUGGACUGGGCAUGUCAAGUGUGCACUUGUAUCAACUUGCAGACGCAUUUGGCAUGUGAUGCCUGCGGUGUGGAGCGCCCAGCGUUCAUGGUUUCGCCUGCUCCCUCUGGCACUGUCGGCCGCAAAAACAAUGGGCAACCAACGCCAGCAUACGCAGAUAAAAGGGAGGCUAAGAAAGAAACCCCGGGAUGGCAUUGUCGCGAGUGCGGGACCUUUGUGGAGCACAUGUGGUGGUGUUGCACACUCUGCGGUCUGAUGAAGGAUCGCUCGUGA